CGCAGUUUACAAUCUUCACAUCUACUACUGUAAGAGAGAAAGUUCUGGCAAGAUGACAGCGGAAUUCAGAAGAUCGAUCUUUAACGGAGUCGACCUCCACAGUAAGACCAACAACACUGAACACCACACCAGUGAGAUCUCAGUGGAUCAGCUGAUCGUGAGGCGAGGCCAACCCUUCACCUUGACCCUUAAACUGACGCAAUCUUUCAACCCUGACCUUCACCCGCUCGUCAUCACUGCAGUGACCGGAAAACACCCUUCAGAGGACCAGGGUACUCUGUCAUACUUGAGUAUCCCAGACGGUGUGCAGCGUUCACCAUCAGCAAAGGCGGUGUGGAAGAUAGAGCUUCACAAGAGCUCCUCACCGCUAACAGGCAACUUAACCCUGACCAUCACCCCCCCUGCUGACGCCCCAGUAGGGGAGUACCAGCUGUCUGUGAAGCACAGGGAUGAGGAGACACUGCUGGCAACACCUGCAGUGCUCUUCAACCCCUGGUGUCCUGAUGACUGGGUGUUUCUGCCUGAUGAGGUGGAGAGACAGGAGUAUGUGAUGAAUGAACAAGGAAUCAUCUACAAAGGAAGUGGAAACUACAUCAUAUCUAUGAACUGGGACUUUGCACAGUUUGAGGAGGACAUGGUGAAGAUUUGUGUGAAGAUAUUGGACAAGAACCGCAAACACCUGAGUGACCCGGGUGACGACGUCUCCGCUCGCUGUAACCCCAUCUACGUCGGCCGCGUGGUCAGCGCCAUGAUUAAUAGUCAAGAUGACGGUGGCGUCCUGGUUGGACGCUGGGGAAAUUCGUUUUGGGGCGGGUUCGCUCCCUCUCACUGGAGCAACAGCCACACCAUCCUUCAGAAGUGGUUCAACAGCGGCUGCCAGUCGGUCAAGUACGGACAGUGCUGGGUGUUCGCCGGCGUCAUGUGCUCAGUGAUGCGUCUGCUGGGCAUCCCCUGCCGCGUCGUCACCAACUACCAGUCAGCCCACGACAACAACAAGAACCUGACUAUCGACGUUUACCACGCCGACUACGGGGUCAGAGUGGCACCAGCGAAGGACAGCAUCUGGAACUAUCACGUGUGGGUGGAGGCGUGGAUGAGGCGGCCAGACCUGGCAAACGACGGCAAAUAUGACGGCUGGCAAGUUCUGGAUCCAACACCGCAGGAGAAGAGCGAUGGUGUGUACUGUUGCGGUCCAUCUCCGGUCAAAGCCAUCCUGAACGGAGAAACUGACCUGAAGUACGACAUCCCGUUUGUCUUCGCCGAGGUCAACGCCGACUGCAUCGACUGGCUGGUCAAAGCCGACGGUUCCAAAGUGAAAAUCUUCUCUGACACAAAGAGAGUCGGUCAGAACAUCUCCACCAAGUCUGUCACCUCCAACAGGAGGAUGAACAUCACUGACUCCUACAAACACAGAGAGGGAACGAAGAAGGAGAGGGCUGUAUUUAAAUACGCCAUCACCAGAGACUAUUCCCGAGAUGAGACUGAAGAGACGGAGGAGGCAGAGGAGCCAGAGGAGGAUGGAGGGACGGAGGAGCCAGAGGAGAACGGAGGGACGGAGGAGGAAGAGCAGAGUGGAGGGACGGAGGAGGAAGAGCAGAGUGGAGGGACGGCACAGAACGGGGUGGUGAACGGGAAUGAAACCCCGACUAGCAUCCUUCCACUGCCAGAAGUGUCCAUGCGAUUUGAAGAGGUGUCCAAGCCGGUGAACGGUGAGGAUGUGCGUCUGAAUCUGGUGCUGCACAGUGAGAGCAGUGUUGCCAGGCCGCUGUCCAUCAUCAUCAGCGUCUGGGGCAUGAGGUACAACGGCUCACCUGUUGCGAGCAUCCAGACUGACGUGAAGCAGGAGACACUGCUGCCUGGGAAAGAUCUGUCCAUCCCUAUCCUGGUCCCGUUCUCGGCCUACCAUAAACACAUGCAGGAAUGUGACAGUAUGAGGGUUUCUGCCAUUGUGACAGACAAAAAGAAGUCAGACGAGACAUACCUGGCUGAAAAUGACAUCGUGCUGCUGGACCCUCCCGUCUCCAUCAAUGUUGUCGGUCAGACCAGACUGAACCAUGAGGCGAGUGCGGAGGUGAUCUUUACGAAUACGGUCAAGGAGACGCUGAAGGAGUGCACUCUGACUGUUUCUGGAAGUGGCUUAUUGAGAAGGGAAUUUGAAUGCAGACUUCCAGAUCUGCGUCCAAAUACCAGAAUACGUAUCAAGUUCUUCUUUGUUCCCUACAAGAUCGGACAGAAGACUCUUGUGGCCGACUUCGACUGCUCCACCUUCAGAAAUGCUAAGGGCAGCUCCACUGUCUACGUCCGACCGUAAAUCUGAGUAUUUCAGAAUAAGAGUCGAAUACUUUUACUCAGGAACAAAAUGUCAGAAAUGUCAACUCUUUGUGACAAAACUUCAUGGCUGUUUAUAUAAUCUUUACAGGAUAUCAUAUAUAUAUAUAUAUGUAUCAUAGUCUUUAUUGUGCAAUACACUCAGUAUAUUCCAGGAAUUAUUCACUUACUGUUUCUAAUACUACAAAUACAUAUUUAAUUCAUUGUUUUAGGGAAACUCGUCUUGUUUACAUUCAGUCAUUUGAAAAAUAAAGAGCAUACCUACAACAAACAGCUGUGAAAAUCAGUAAAAACAACACAUUUUGUUGCAUUAUGGUCUGUUUUCUGAAAUUGAUCUGCACUUCUUCUUCUGUGCUUCUUUUAGGAUUUUUCUUUGUAUAGUGUUAAAUAUUUGGGCAAAUCGGAGCUCUAGAGAGAAGACAUAGGCACAGACACAGGUUGAACUAUUGAAUAAAAUAUUAUCCAUAAUACCUGGCAGCGAUGAAAAACAAAUGGCCAAACUUAAAGGAUGCCUUGCAGAGCAGGACAAACAGAGACGUCUCACUCCUACUGUCUCUUGGGUUUGUUUGGCUCUGGAAAGUUUAUAUAUUGCUCCUUUGCAGAGGACGACAGCUGCAGUCAGCUUCCCUUCACAGUUACAAUGGAUUCAAAUGGCGAUCCAUAACUGGGGUUUAAGUGCCUCCCUGUGGCUAAAAAAAAAAUAAACCAAACGCUGU